UUGCUUAGCCUUUGGCGUCUCCGGACCCCAUCUCCGCCCAGGCCCCCAGGGAGCAGCCCUUGGCGGGGCGGGGCGCCUGCUGUCCCUCACGCUGGCUUUCAGCCUCUCGAGUUACAGCUUCAGGAUCUCCAGAACAAGCCUUUCCCUGCUCGGGACAAAGCGGCUGUGUGGUGGUGGCGCGGUUUGGAGAGGAUCUCUGAUGCUCCCGGGACUCGAGCCUGGAAGGCGCCCCGCCCGCUGCUUCGCUUUCACCCCGCCCGGCGGGGCAGGGAAAGCCCCCGCGGCUCCUCCCACCCAAGGGGCUUUUCUCCAGUCGCCAGUGACUUUGCACCGGGAGCGCAGCCGCCUGGAGCUGCUUUCUGCCAGUCUGGAGCGCGCGGGGCUCCUGCUCUUCUGCGAACGCAGGGGGCAAGGGUCGGUGACCUCGGGGCGCGCCCCGUCUCCGUGUCCCCUAAUUCGAGCCCCAGCCCCCGGCCCGCGCCUUGGCCUCCAGCAUGGUGCUGCUGGCUGGGCCCGGGCCGGAGGGCGGCGGGACACGCUGCUUGUCCCCGCAGUCGCCGACGCCACCCCGGAGCGUACAGACAGGAGAAGACCCAGCGGACUACGAGGAGUACGAAGACUUCUCUAGUCUGCCGGACACCCGCAGCAUCGCAUCGGACGAUUCCUUCUACCCUCCGGGAGGCGAGGAAGAGUACGGCUCGGUGUGCGCGGAGAGCGUCCCGGAGGGCGUCCCUGAGGCGGCGACCCUCCUGCGCGCCGCCUGCGCCAACGACGUGGGGCUGCUGCGGGCGCUAGUGCGGCGUGGGCCGAGUUCCGAGGAGGUACGGGAGACUGACCGCAACGGCCGGACUGGCCUUAUUGUUGCGUGCUACCAUGGCUUUGUGGAUACCGUGGUGGCCUUAGCAGAGUGUCCCCACGUUGACGUCAACUGGCAGGACAGCGAAGGGAACACAGCCCUGAUCACUGCUGCGCAGGCAGGGCACGUCACCAUCACCAACUACUUGCUGAAUUAUUUCCCUGGUCUGGACCUAGAAAGGAGGAACAUAUUUGGAUUCACAGCCCUCAUGAAAGCGGCCAUGCAGGGCAGAACGGAAUGUGUGCGAGCCCUUAUGCUGGCAGGGGCAGACGUUCAAGCAAGGGAUCCCCGUCGAGGGCUGUCACCACAGGAGUGGGCUGCAUACACAGGCCGAGCGGAGGCUGUUCGCGUCAUUCAGAGGCUGAUGGAGCGACCCUGUCCAGAGCAGUUUGGGGACAAGUACAAGCUGGAAUUGCCACUUCCCGCUGAGGCGGUUUUGAAGAAGUCAGGUUCCAAAAACUGCUUGCAGAGAUUCACCGCGUUCCUGCGGUCCACUCUGACCUCCCGCUCCUCCGGCCAGAGCCUGGAGGAUGGAGGCGUCCUUGAUCACAUGGUCAGGAUGACCACGAGCCUCUACAGUCCCGCUGUUGCUGUAGUCUGUCAGACGGUGUGCCCAGAGAACCCUCCCUGUGUGGGGAAACGACGCUUGGCGGUGCAGGAAAUCCUAGCAGCUAGGGGCAACCUGGACGCCCAAACGCAGGACAGCAACAAGGUAGAGUGCUCUGAGCCACAAUCCCAGAUUUUGGAGACUCCCAGAGCUAGCUCCCGGUCUCCCAAGUCGCCCGCGGCCUCGGGGUCCACUCCUGCCCCUGUCACUCGGAAGGCCAGCCUCCUGCCUUUGCAGUUGCUUCGGAGAAGCAGCGUGCGGCCGGGCGUGGUAGUUCCCAGAGUGCGCAUCAGCAAGGCACCUGCGCCCACCUUCCAGCCAGAGCGCGCAGCGUCCAAGGGCAACACCAAGGACAGCAUCUACCUGCAGAUCCCCAAGUGGCGGUACAAGGAGGCCAAGGAGGAGAAGAGGAAGGCAGAGGAGGCAGAGAAGAAGCGCCAGGCGGAAGCACAGAAAGAAAAGCGGGCGCCACGCUGGAGGAAAAGGACGUGAAGGGGCUAUGACUCUCAUGGCGCCUGUGCUUGGUGCGGGGGAAGCAGCCUAGGGGUCCUGCUUGGGAGGCUGCAGGUGGGCUCUGUAGACUGCACCACAGAGAGGGAUGCUCCUGUGUGCCAUGGGUGCAUGCUGAAUCACACAGCCUCCGGGUCAUUCACCUUUCCUAGAUCCAAUAAGGACGGUCCUCAUUGCUCCCAAGACAGAACUGGGAAAAGUACGUGUGGUUUUGUUUAAAACCAGUUCCCCGAGCAUUCUAUACACUAAGAGGUCAGUUUACCUAGAAGUCACCCUUAAAGACCCCCAAUUAAGAAUUUAAAAACCCCAGUUUAUCAAAGGGCAUUUUCACAUAAUUUUGUAUCUUGUUAUUUAUGAAAAAUUGCAGCAUUUUACAAGUGAUGGGCUCUUUAUAAUUAAGUCAGUUUUAAUACUUGUAUUUGUUUAAAAUGCUGUCUCUAGCAAUAAAUACUUGUAAUGACUGUGUGACUUCCACAGAAGGGAUUCUCCCUUGCCAUUUGGCUCUGGCCUCUGCCUUCUUGUGUCCUAUGGCCACACCUGUGCACUGGCUUUUCCUAUGAACUUGAGUGAUGCCAAAUGCCUGUUUUUACUUGAGAAAGGCACCGGCUUCUAUCCAAACUGAUCAAGUGAGAUAUGAAGUCUUACUUCCUUUCAUUCUUUAAAAUUCUUUUGUUCCUACCACCCCCUGGCCCCCUGCCAAUCAAUCACUUCAUCAAAACUGAUUAUGGCACACUGCAGAAAUAUUAUGUUGCUAGAGGCAAACUCAUUUUAAGCAAGGGGCUUGGAUAGAUCCAUCUUCCAGGCGGUGUGAGGAAGAUGAUCAUUUAAUGGAGGCAGGUCUUAAUGGAUGAGUAGCAUAAACAAAGUCAUAUAUGCUUACAAAGAGCACAAGUGGAUCUUUAAAACUAUCAAAGAUGCAGAGGGUAGGACAGUCAGAAGGCUGCCAACUGUUGAAGGCUGCAUUUUUGGAACAGGUGCUACACACUGGAUACUAGACAGGGUAGUUUGGGAAAGGUUCUCCCAGAGUAGGCUACACUCUGAUGGUCGCCAUCUCCUUCAGAUUCAAGUCCAGAGAGUCCCUCGUGUGUUUUUCUACUGAUGGUUCUCCAUUGAUGACUGGCCCUGGUGUUUGGCUCAUGCCCACGCAACUUUAUAGAACUUCCAGGAUGUGGGGACUUUGGCAGGGCAGUGAUGGGAUUUAUCCCGGGUGCCAACACAUCGGUGAGAGUUUCCUUUCUAUUUCCAAAGCACUGAGAAAUCCCAGCUGGGUCCUAGAGUAUCUGUUGCACAGGCACUUUAUUUGAAUAUUUAAUGUAAAGACUUGGAAGCUAUAGAGUCAGAAUAUUACAGGCUGAUUUGGAAGCGCUUUGCUGAGGUCUGUCUUACACAGGGGGUGGGGGUAGCAAACUGGCUUAAGCUUAUUUCUUCCUAAUUGGUACCAUUAAGUAUUGAAUGACAUUAUCUCACACCAGCCUUCCCCAAAACGCCCCAAAACAGAACCCUAAGCCUGUUCCCAGGUGGAUUUGACACUGGUACCACCAUUCAGUGUUUUUUUAAUGUUUGUUUGUUUUGUUUUAAUCACAUUUUAGUAAGUUUCUCUUUAACCCUAGAAAAAUACCAGGGCAAACGCUGGGGUCUUAGGCCCUCCUCUAAAACUACUGGGGUCAAUUGUCUGGGUUUACCCUUGGGACCUAGGGCUUUGGUUUAGCUACAUCUCCUUGGGGGCUGUGAGGACCGCGACCCAUCUCCGUUAUUUUUGGGGGUUAUCUUUCCUGUCUCCUGGUACCACCUAGCUUGUCACGAGUCCCCACUGCUAGCCAAGGCACUGCCACAGGCUUCCAACCCACUUUCCUCAAGCUGGUUGUCCACAGAUGAUAACAUAAACAGGUUUAAUCCAUUUCCCUGCUGCAGAGGGGAAGCUGUACCCCAAUACUGUACCAAGCACCAAGGUGACUGUUGCCUUAGUAUUGAAACUGAGACUUCUCAGCUGAGGCUGUGGGUGGCCCUUAUUUCCUUUCAGGGGGCUCUUCUGGACACCCAAAUUCAACUCCUGUAAAAGGCUCCAAUUCUGGAUGUUUCGUGGUUGUCACACGGAGAGCCAGUUUGAGGCAGCUCCUGCAGAGGCUGACUUAGUGUCUGGUAUCAGUGCACCACCAAUCAUACAACCUGUUUCCAUUGCGUUAAUGUCACAUUAGAGAUGGCAUAUUACCCUGCCAAGGACCCUGGGUCCCUGCUGCAGACCAAUUAGAGAUGUACGGAUUCUGUCCCUCCAAAUCUACCUUUUCAUGAUCCAUUUUCAGAGUUUCCAAUUAAGCGUGAGUGAUUAUCCGUGGUGUUGCAGCAAGGGGCUCACGGGGACUUUCUCUGUUUCCUGAGUAUUUGGAAGUGUGUCUAAGUGUACCACUCCUGUUUGGCCACCAGGAUGACGUUGGUCCUGAUGUCUGACUACGUGAAAUCUCCAGAGAUAACAUGUGUGAUGGAUAGCCCCUCUCUCUGCCCCCUGGUAUCACCUUGUCUUCCACUUGCUUCCUUCUCCAGUUUGAUUAUCAAACUUCUUGCACCAGAUGCCUUGGGGUCUAAGGAGGCAGAGGAACAAAGAAGCCUUUGGUAGUCUCUCUGCAUUACCAAGCUGCGACCUCUAAAUCUCCAGGAGUGCGUGAAGGGCGGGGUUGUGGCUUCUGCCCUCUGCUUUUGGAAGGAAGGCCGGGUCUGUUCUCCUGACUUGGAAGAGCAGAGGAGCAGGCUUGGGGCUAGGCUUGCACUGUGUUUAUUAACUGUAAAUAUUGAAUUCCAAGCUGACAGGUGUCUUCUCAGGGAUUUAUACAUAAAUACAGUUAGGGGAAAGUUAAAGUGUAUUUUAAAUCUUUAAAGUUGAAGUGUGUUUUAAAUCUUUUCGAUGUUUGAGUCAAUUAGGAUUACACUGGACAGAAGACAUAUUUCCAAGAUAGUGUCAAUGCUGCUCUUUCUAAGAGAGAUCUUGGAACUUGUCUCUCUGUGGAGAUUUAUGGGCACCGUGGCCAUGGGGAUAGCUGUGCAUAUUAAAGCCAGAGUUGUAUGUAGUUGCUUCUUCUGUUUGUGACCCUUGGGUGAGCAGUUGCCUCCAGUUAGUAAGCAGAGACAACUGGUUCCCAGAUGGGCCAUCCCUACCCACCCCCACCCACCCCCAGUGCUGUCCACUGCUCCCCUGGUCUUUUCUCCUUGCUUUCAAGAAUAAAAUGUUCAGUCAUUCUGCAGAAACCCACAAAGCUCUUCAGGAAGGAUCGGGGAAAGUUCUGCCCACUUGGUCCAUCAUGACCUUGAUGUGCAGUGUGCUUGCUGCGCUAGAGGAAGAUGGCAGGUGACAGGAGGGACUUUGUGCCACCUUUUCAGCUCCUACCAGGCUUCCUAGCCACACCUGAUACCUCAAGGGCAGCAAGAUGGUCCCCUUCAGCUUUGGAUCCCCCUGUCUCUGGAAGCUUAUUCUGCACGUCAGGAAAGAGGACUCAAGAUGUUGGCUAGAGAAUGGGUUUAUAGACUCAGAGAAAGUGUGCCAAGUGCUCUCUGCCCAUUCCUUCCCAGCUGGCAGCUGGGACCAGGUCUCUGGAGCAGAGACAAGGAAGUUAUAGGUGAGAGGCUUGUGGAGAGGGGCUAGCUUCAGUCCCCAAAUGAUGUAAAGCCUGCUAUCCCCAGGAGUCUGGAAGCAUCUUCAGUUAUCCUGAGUGCUGCUCCAGUGACGGCAUCUCACUGUAAGCUCCCUCCUCUUCCUCCUGUUUGGGAAAUUCCAGCUAGUUCUCCAGUGUUGGCUACUGCCUGGAUCAUGGUCUGUGCUGCUAGCCCUUGGCUCCUCAAACUGGGCAACCAUGUGGAAGGCCAUGGCUUCUAGAGAAGGGAGGAAGGGACCUGGCCAUGAUGGACUCUUAACCAACAAAGUCAUAUAGAUAACAAAAGGAGACCUGGGACCAUCAGAGCGAGGGUAGAGUUAACCACAAAGAAAGAAAAGUCACUUCUAAGUCACUUCUAAGUCUUUUGCUGCCAGUUCUGCACAUUGGUGUAACUGGAACCAGCUGGAACCAGCUGUUCAUUUCUUCACCCUUGGAUUCCUGUGUUUAUUCCUGAACAUUUUAGAUAAGUGACUGAACAUUUGCUUGGAGGCAUUAUUUGCCAGGUGCAACACACACAGUUCUGCCCCAGGCUGAAGCAAGACUGUGAUGAAGGGUGAAGCCUCUGUCAGACCAUUGGCAGCUCUCAGCAUUAGGUCAUAUUAAUGGGGACCUUGAAUGACAUUCAGUUCAAUAUGCAAACGGAAGGGCCAGAGCUGUGCUUGUGAAUGUCCUAGCUGUGGUGGCUCACAGGGACACUCCCUCCCCACCCCCCAGGGGAUGCCUCUGUAACUCAGAUUGCAGAGUCUGAGAGUCUACCCAGAUUCCCCAAAUAAUGUGAAACCUGAUAGGGCUGGAGUUCUCCUGACCUAAGCUGUUCUACUAGAAGGUGAUGCUGCCCCAGGUGGCCAAGAGCAAAUAGCAUGGCUGCAUCAGCUCUGGCUUUGAUGUAUGUCAUUGCAGGAGGGGCCCAGACCUGAGAGAACCCCACCCCUGGAGAGCUCCCAUAGCCUCCAGCCUACUGCGUGGGCAUGGGGGUAGAUUCUGUGGGAACUGGCAUAGGCUCACCCUAGGACAGCAUCUUACUCUAAAGGAGCAUUGAGAUUCCUAGUUUGCCUCAAUAUGAGAUUUGCUGCUGCUGACCAGGGCUGGCUUUGAAAGCAUUCUCUGGCUGUGGUGUGAUUCCUGUUGUUCUAGAAGAAAAUGAAGACGGGAGAAAAACGAAGCUGGCCAUCUCAUAUAGAGCAGUGGACUCUGAGUAAUUAAUCAGUUAAGAUAAUAGUUAGAGAGUUCUAGAAACUGGUUCAAAGUGGUCCAACUAUGAGUAGGAUGAGUGGACACUGUAUGUCCCUUCCUUCCAUCCCGCCAUCCCAAUCCUAGAGCCUGCUAUGGAGUUAGAACCCAGAACUCCAUUCAGGUGACAGCCAAGUCUACUAUGAUUGGAACCUUCUUGGUUCCAAUGGUAGUUCUGGAAAGCAAACAAUGAAAAGAGGGUCGUGCCUGGCGUUUGCUGGGUGUGAGGGUCUUCGGCAGUGGGGACCAGAUGGUGAGGAACGGAAGCAGGCUUCUGCAUCACCAGGGUUCAGGUUCCUUCUCCUGGUUUGAGUUCUGUUUUUUUUUUUUUUAAUGUGAAGAGAUUUUCUUUGUCAUUUCUAAAACUCCUGUCAGUUGCUGGAUGUCCUAAAGCUGUUGAAUAUGGACGUAACUGUAAAUCCCAGAGUGUUUUAUUUUGAGAUGAGAGUUUUGCUACAGUUUAUACAGGAUAUUUUCCUAUUUAGACCUCAGGGCUCUCUUGGGACCCACUACUAAGUGUGACCCCUCCCCGCAGCUUCAAUUCUGGGUAGAUGAGUUACAUAACCUUUAAAUGUGACAUCCAGCACGAAGAAUGUAUUUCUCUAACUUCAGGCAAACUUUGUUUUAAAGGUCUAGAAAAAAGACAGUAGAAGAAAACAGAGGUAAAAAAAAAAUAAAAACCAACUGUAAAAUAAACAUUCUCAUGGUAUACAAUUGUGCUAUCUGAAUAAACUUAUGUGCAUAAAUUAUUUAAAAGUGCUGUGAAACAUA